AUGGGUGAUAAAGUCCUCUUAACUGAGGUACUAGAAGCCUCACGGCUCACCGAUACCUAUGCUGAUCUCACCGCUAAACAAAUCAUCAAUGAAUUACGACAUGUUUCUCACGAGCCAUCUGUUCGAUAUGAAUCGAUGGAUAAUGAUCGAGCCGAGUUGGGUCAACCGGAAGAUGCUCGACAAAGGGAGGCUAGCGAUGAAGGAGUGAAACAAUACACAGUUGACGACGCGGUCGAGCACCUUGGCUUCGGGAAAUUUCAAUUAAAGCUCUCGAUUUUGACUGGAAUUGCUUGGAUGGCUGAUGCAAUGGAGAUGAUGUUAUUGUCAUUGUUGUCUCCAGCGCUCGCUUGUGAGUGGGGCGUUACGCCCGUUCAACAGGCUCUAGUGACGACUUGUGUCUUCUCCGGGAUGAUGCUCUCGUCAACGUUUUGGGGAAAAAUUUGCGACACUUUCGGGAGAAGAACGGGACUUACCGCAUCAGCGAUUGUGGCCUUUUCAAUGGGUGCAAUGUCGGGAUUGAGUCCGCACUUCUAUGUGCUCCUCUUUCUCCGCGGUCUCACCGGUUUUGGCAUCGGCGGUGUGCCUCAAUCAGUCACUCUCUACGCUGAGUUCCUUCCAACAGCACAACGUGCCAAAUGUGUUGUACUCAUUGAAUCCUUUUGGGCAAUAGGAGCCGUUUUCGAGGCUUUGUUGGCGUUCACUGUGAUGGGAACAUAUGGGUGGAGAGCUUUGGUGCUUCUGAGCAGCUGUCCCUUGGCUUUCUUUGCCAUUUGCAGCAUGUGGCUUCCCGAGUCGGCUCGAUACGAUAUGGCUUCAGGUCAUCCGGAAAAAGCGUUAGCUACACUUAUGAAAGUUGCUAAAGAAAAUGGUCGAAGUCUACCCGCUGGAGAACUCGUGGCUUCAAAGGUUCAGACAAGUGGCCCAAUUGGUGAAACCCGAGGUCAUUUGUCGAAUCUUCUGAGCCCAGAUCUUCGCAAGACAACCCUUUUACUUUGGGUCAUUUGGAUGGUAAACGCUUUCUCAUACUAUGGAAUGGUUCUCUAUACAACGGUGCUUUUCCAAUCUCAUGACGAGUGUCAUGGCGGACUUUUCUCUAAUGGAACUGAAUUGAGCAAAUGUCAGCCACUUACGCAGAAAGAUUACCUCGACUUGUUGUUUGCUACGUUGGCUGAAUUUCCAGGUCUUAUUAUCACCGUCUUUAUCAUCGAAUGGUUGGGCAGAAAGCGAACAAUGGCCGUUGAAUUUGCCAUUUUCUCGAUUUUCACAUAUCUUUUAUACUUGUGCUUGGAUAGAUUCACCGUCACCACUUUCAUCUUCAUCGCUAGAGCUUUCAUUUCAGGCGCUUUCCAAUGUGCAUACGUCUACACACCAGAGGUUUACCCAACGACGCUAAGAGCGGUGGGUUUGGGAGCUUCGUCAGGGAUGGCUCGAGUCGGUGCAAUUGUGACACCAUUUGUGGCACAGGUGGCAUCAGGAAGUAAUCUUUCACUUCCGAUCGGCAUUUAUGGAACGGCUGCUUUGUGUGGCCUCAUUGCAGCCCUUUCACUGCCUAUUGAAACAAAAGGUCGACAAAUGGCGGACACACAC